GCCCUGCUCACUUCCUUGAAAUCUACUGCUUGUGUGAGAGCGUGUGUUCUAACAGAUUUCAUUUGCUUCAGUUGAGUGGCAGCUCACGUCUUCAGAUUCUAAACUGGAAACUUGCUUUUGGCACUGCCUUCUCCCCUCCCCUGCUGAAAUGAUUGCACUUUAGAAUUCAGUGGAGUUUAUUGGCUCUUUGGACUUACUCAUUCUGCUUUGACUACCGUUGACUGUCUGUUAUUACUGUAGGAGUGACAGAAAGUGACUUUUUUAUCUGCUGAAAUGUUUAUGGAGGGUCCCGUGCAACUAGGGUUGGGACAUAAUUGUUCAAUCCCUCUCUCUUCUGAGGGCAAGGAAAUGUGCAGAAGAUUUGAGCAGAGACGACUAUCCUUAGGAUCUUAUAGGAUGAAUAGAAUGCUACUACGGCAGCAGCUUUUAGCACAGAUUCAGCAAGAAAUUGAAGCAAAGGAGGCUUGUGAUUGGUUACGAGCAGCAGGAUUUCCUCAGUAUGCUCAAUUGUAUGAAGACUCUCAGUUUCCUAUUGACAUUGUGGCUGUGAAGAAGGAUCAUGAUUUUCUUGAUAAAGAUCUUGUAGAACCGCUUUGCAGGCGACUGAACACACUGAAUAAGUGCGCCUCUAUGAAACUGGACGUGAGUCUCCCCAGGAAAAAAACUGAAGAUUCAGAUGAAGAAGAUUUGUGUGCCAUUAGUGACAAAUGGACUUUCCAAAGGAGCAGCCGAAGGUGGUCUCGCUCAGAGGGCAUCGACUCUUUACUGCACACUACUGAUACACAGGCUCUUGCAGGGGGCAUGCAACUGAAAAGUACGAUGAGCACAGAGAGUGUGCUCACUGAGAUGAGCGAGCCUGAAGUGUCUUCCCUUCACAGCGAGAGCAGCACAGGAAGUGACGGGAGAAGUGUGGUUGGAAUUACAAGCCUAAUCCCAGAUCAUGCAGGCAACUCAGUACGAAACGGUUUAGAAUCCUUAGUAGUGCACGAUCCUGCUUUAGUAAGCGACAUUACUGUUCCUCAGUUUAGCAGAGAUUUGGCAAGCCAUAGUCUUAGUGUUAAUCUGAAACAUGAGAAACCAAGGACAAGGGCAAAAAGCUUCAUGAAGCGUGUGGAAACACUGCGUGCUAAAGGUAAUCAAGGAAAGCUAAAAAGUUCUGGAAAGACUGGCACGUUAAUAGUUAGUGGACCGAUGUUGCAGGAAGAGUCUAAAACACUGAAAGCCAUGCAGUGCAUGGAGCUAGCCGAUGGCGAUCUUAGUCGACUGGCACAGAACGCCAGUACAUGUACGUUGUCUGUAUGCCCAAAGUCAUGUAGUGAUAGCAGUCAUUCAGAAACUAGCAGUGGAGAGGUAAGUAUACCCUGCCAAAAGGACAGAAAACAUAAUCAAAUCAACAAACGAGGGGGAAUGUACCUAGAAGACCUUGAUGUCAUUACUGGAGCUGUUUUGAGACAGGUGGCAGAGCAAAACUGUAGAAAUGAAUACCGAUCCCAUGAGAACCUUGUUGUUCAUAUACCCAAGGACCACAAACCUGGGACCUUCCCAAAGGCACUUUCAAUUGAAAGCCUUUCCCCGACAGACAAUAACGGUCAUUCUGUGAACUGGAGGAGUGGAAGUUUUACACUGGGUAACCAAAACUGUGAUAAUGCCAAAGAGCCGAGAUUUGCCCCUUGCUGUCCCAGAGGCAGUAGAAUUAGCAUUUAUGACAAUGUACCCAGUUCACAUUUAUACGCCAGUACUGGAGAUUUGUUGGACAUAGAAAAAGAUGACCCUUUCCCUCAGCUGGAUGACAUUCUUCAGCACGUUCAUGGUUUGCAGGAAAUAGUCGAUCACUGGUCUAAGGACAUGUUACCGGAUUUACAGGAUGAUGACAUGUCAGUAGAAGACUCAGGAUUGUUAGCAUUCCCAUCAUCCAAUCAGAUCAUGUUGGACUUUGAAAGGAAUUCUGUUUCUGAUGGGCGGACUACGCCCAGCGAUAUGGAGAGAGAUGGACUAUCCCUUAAUGAAAUAGAGGCAUCAGGAUCCAGGGAAAGAAGAGACUCCGGUUUUGGAGCAUCUUUAACAAGACCAUACAGACGGUUAAGGUGGAACAGUUUCCUGAUCCCUCUUGAGCUUGGUCACUCACAAAUAUGUGCCCAGUCUGCUGGACAGCUGAAUCUUCUGCAGAAGUUCUCCCUGCUUCGCCUGACUGCCAUCAUGGAAAAGUAUUCCAUGUCAAACAAACACGGCUGGACGUGGUCUGUUCCAAAGUUCAUGAAGAGGAUGAAAGUGCCCGACUACAAGGAUAAGAAUGUUUUUGGUGUUCCUUUGAUAGUUCAUGUCCAGAGGACAGGACAACCUCUUCCUCAGAGCAUCCAACACGCCCUGUGGUACCUGCGGAAUCAGUGCCUUGACCAGGUUGGCCUUUUCAGGAAAUCUGGAGUGAAGUCUCGAAUUCAGGCCCUUCGGCAGAUGAAUGAGGCAUCCCCUGAUAAUGUCAGCUAUGACGAUCAGUGUGCAUAUGAUGUGGCCGACAUGGUGAAGCAGUUCUUCAGAGAUCUUCCAGAACCUCUUCUCACCAGCAAGCUGGGGGAGACCUUCCUUCAUAUUUAUCAGUAUGUUCCAAAAGAGCAGCGCUUUCAGGCAGUGCAAGCCGCUAUCAUGCUAAUGUCUGAUGAAAACCGAGAGGCUCUUCAGACCCUUUUAUGUUUCCUCCGUGAAGUCACUUCCGUUGUGGAAAACCAGAUGACUCCAAUGAAUAUUGCUGUGUGCCUGGCACCCUCACUUUUCCACCUCAGCUACCUAAAGAAAGAAAACUAUUCCUCAAGGGUAAUGCAGAAGAAGUAUGCAACUGGCAAACCUGACCAGAAGGACCUGAAUGAAAACAUGGCAGCAACGCAGGGACUGGCACACAUGAUCAUAGAAUGUAACAGACUCUUUGAGCAGAUUCCACAUGAGAUGGUAACUCAGUCACGGAACUCGUACGUUGAUGCAGAUGUUCACCCACUGACACUUGAAGAGUUGGGAAAACAACUGGAAGAUGACGGUGGAAACCAUCAGACAUAUUUAGAGAAUCUUAUUCAGAACUUGUUGAAGGAAGCUAGAGAAAAGUUCAAAGGAUGGACUGCAUUUCCCAAUGCAUACAAUGCUGACCUGGCAUACAAAAAGGUUGGCGAUGGAAAUCCUCUACGUUUGUGGAAGGUCUCAGUAGAAGUCGAAGCUCCUCCAUCAGUUGUGCUUAACAGAGUGCUGCGGGAGCGUCACCUCUGGGAUGAAGAUGUGCUGCAGUGGAAAGUUCUAGAGACAUUGGAUAAGCAGACUGAAAUAUUUCAGCUUGUUCUGAACAGUAUGGCACCACACCCCAGCAGAGAUUUUGUCAUCCUGAGAACAUGGAGGACAGACCUUCCAAAAGGAACAUGUACAUUGGUGGCUGUUUCUGUAGAUCAUGAGGACUCUUCAAUGAUUGGAGGAGUUAGAGCAAUUGUACUAGACUGUCAGUAUUUAAUUGAACCUUGUGGAUCAGGGAAGUCACGAUUAACGAAUAUCUCCAGGAUAGAUCUUAGAGGCCGUACUCCAGAAUGGUAUAACAAGACUUUUGGACAUCUUUGUGCAGCUGAAGCUACUAGAAUAAAGAACUCAUUUCAGCCAUUGACUUCUGAAGGACCAGAAACCAAAAUCUGAAAGUUUUAACCUGAAUUACCCAAUUCACUGGCAGUUCACUAUAACAGAGGAACAGACCAAGGCAGAUGCCAUGGUGGUGCCAAACAACUUUGCUAUAACUGGAGUGCUAUCUUCAGUAGAUGUGCCAGAAUUUUGCCAAUUACUAAAGAUAAUAUAGUUCACAAUGUAUGACAAAACUAUUGGACCUAUACAUUCUUUAUAACAGAAAUGCUACAAUGUCUGGGACAUUAUCUGUACUUUGCAUAUUGUAAUAAUUAAAAUGCUUCUAAGAAGCAUACUUAUUUUAAUAAGUGUAAAUACAGAGAAUAAAUUAAAUUUAUAUAUACAUAUAUGUGAUAUAUAUAUGAGCUAUGUGUCUACGUGUGUAAAGUGAAUAAACUGUACAUAUUUUAA